AUGUUGUUGCGCACCAAGGUUGCCAUUCUUUGCAUCGUGUGUCUCGUCGUGCUCUGGCUGAGCUGGUACCGAGGCGACGCGCUCGAAAUUACAGAGCCGGGAUACAAGCCGCCCAAGUUGGAUCUGUCCAAGCUCAAUCCUUUGCCCAAGAAGCCCAUCAUUGGGAGCGAUGGCACAAGGUUGGACAGUCGCAAGCCUCGAGCAGCCUUCGUGAUGCUGGCUCGCGAAGUAGAAUUGGAUUCGCUACUCAAGACGAUUUGGGAAGUUCAGAUGGCAUUCAAUGGCGAAAAACAUGCGCGGUAUCCAUACAUUCUACUCUCCGAUCCAGGUCUGCCCUUUUCGCCAUGGUUCCAAUCUAAAAUCAAGGCUGUCGCAUCCAGCGCUGGCGUUGAGGCUCAUUUUGCGGAAAUACCAAAGGAGCAUUGGGACAUACCGAGCUGGAUCGAUCAGACGCGCAUGUAUGAAGGCUUCAAGAAGAUGAAGGCAGGCGGAAUGUUGUACGGCGAUAGUCUGAGCUAUCGCAAAAUGUGCAGGUGGGUGUAUGGAGGCGUCAAGGGCUCACUCAGCUGCUUGAUGGCUGAAAUGCUCUCAAACCCUUGCGGGCGGCAUGCCUUUUCACAGGUAUCAGUCGGGCUUCUUCUGGCGCCAUCCGAUGCUCGAUAACCUCGAUUACUACUGGAGAUUAGAGUGAGCCUAAUGAAGCAAUCUUUCGACGUCACUUGCCGUCUUUAAGGUCAUUUUGCACCUUUGUUCUCCAGACCUGGCGUCAAAUACCCCUGCGACAUGCGCAGACGAGAUCCCUUCCGGUUUAUGAGAGGUGAGUCAAGAAGCACGAUGUCGAGCUCAAAGCCGACAUCUUUGCUCAUCGCAUUGUGUGACAGACAACGGCAAGAAGUACGGCUUCGUGAUCACCAUCAAGGAAAGCCCGGGAACCAUCAGGACACUGUGGGUGAGUUCUGUUUUCGGAACGUCACAGCAGUCUGACGGCUCCAAGGCUGACUGAGGCACAUUCGAUCACGCCCGCCUGACGAUCAACGCAGAUGUCUGUUCUGGGUGAGCCUAGCUUACACGUCGUUCGGAAAGCGUGUGCACUGACUGUCAAGCGACCGCCGCGACAGACUGGAUCAAUACGCACGAGCAUCUGAUUCCAGCGGACAACUCCCUGCGCUUCGUCGCAAAGCCACACAUGAACGCUUACAACAAGGUGAGCAGAAGCGUCUUCCACGUGAAUUUGAUACAGUCUGCAUUCAUUUCCUAAAUCUUGUCUGCACUUUGCGCCCGCAGUGUCAUUUCUGUGGGUCUAUAGUCCUCUAACGUUGCAUCAUUGAUUGACUAACUUUGAAAGAGUGCCCACCCAACCAAUUUCGUAGGGUCAAGUGAGUCGAUGUUCCGUUCACAGUCCAUAAUGAUCUGCGAGUGCUGAUCAAGGCCUGUUGUUGUCGCUUUCUGCUCAGAUUUCGAGAUCGCAGACCUCUCUCUUUGGAGAAGCCAAGCAUGUGAGCAGUCAAGGACAUUUUCUUGUGCUCUAUGGGCCCUCAUCAAGCUGAUCGAAUGUUUGGAAAUCGCAGACCAGUCCUUCUGGGCCCACCUGGACGCUGCCGGAGGCACAUUCUACGAAAGAUGGGGAGAUGCGCCAGUGAGUUGCCGCAGAGCAUCAUUCAGCGUUCCAAACAUCUGCUUAAAAUUUUCUGGUCUUCGCACUAGGUGCACAGCAUAGCCGCUUCCAUGUUGCUCAAUCGCGAUGAGAUACAGUGAGUGAAAGCUGCGGAGCGAUCCAUUCGACCAGGCUGAUCCUGCAUAUCCCGAACCGCGUAUGAUAAAGCUACUUUGAGGGUGAGUUUAAUCGACGCUUUGCCAUGUGGCUAGCGUACCGUACGAGGGUUGCUGACGAGCGCGAGCCUUUUGACGGACGCACAGACAUUGGAUACUUCCACAACCCCAUCCAUCACUGUCCCAGAUCUCGCAAAGACGCCGCGAGAUGCGCAUGCGAUCCGCACCAGAGCUUCGACUAUGACAAAUUCGGGUGGGUAAACAUCCCUCUACCCUUCUGCUCAUCCCCGCCUCUCACUUCUGGCCACUCAUCCGCACCCAUUUCACACCCUUUUGCCUCCCCCCCUUUCCCUUCAAACCCGCUAUCAGAAUUUCGUGUCAGCGCGAAUGGGAUGCGCUGCAAGGUAUCAACUCGACCGAGGUCAUCUUGCGCAUCAAUGAGGCCGAGGGUAUUCGCGGCUGGGGCGAGUAUGCCGGAGCGCCAGAUGGCUGGGGCCAGGAUGAGAAUGUGAAACCGCUUGACGACAAGGAAUCGAAGCAAGCUGAGGAAUCCUCGACCGCCCCGGCAGCGGCGGCAGCGGCCGUCCGACCCUGGUCAGGAGGUCUCAAAGGAGAUGUUCGUUUGGACGAUGAAGGCAAACCGAUGAAGGCGAAGCCUUUGUGA